CCUAUAUCCCAAUGUCAUAGCACGGCCUGUCAUCAUAGCGAAGAAAGGCUCAUAGGAAAUCUGUUUUCGACUCUUUAGCCUGAAGUAUUUGUCAGACGGAUCCCAGUCUCACCUAACUCGUUCAUCUGAAGUAAAGGAUGGCUGAGCCACACGAAAGAGAGUGUGCCGUGUGCACCAAUGACUUCACAACACCAAAGAUUCUACCCUGUGGUCAUCUCCUGUGUCGAGAAUGUGUCAUUUCCUGGAUGGAUUCCAAAGCUGAUGCCGGGUGUCCGCUGUGUAGAUGUCCUAUAGUAGAGCAGUCAGAUGGAAGUUCGUCCGCCACUGUUGACGCCCUGCCGACAGACUUUGUGAUGGAAGCGCUGGUGGAGAGCGCUCGUGUGCUGAGUAAAGAUCACCUUUGUUGUGUGUGUGAGGACGUCAGGGCGGACUUCAUCUGUAUGCAGUGUCAGGUCAUGUUGUGCUCAGCGUGUACAAAAGCUCAUAAAAAACUCCCAGUGAGCCGCAAUCACGAUGUGGAGAGUGUCAGCACUGUGACACCUGAACGUCUGGCUGCCAGCCGCCCUGCACUGUGUGCUGACCACGGCGACAAACAGGCGGAGUACUUCUGCCGCGAGCACCGCCUCGCUGUCUGUUCAGCCUGUAAGGCUAACAAACACAAAGUAUGUCGAGAAACAAACUAUCUUGACAAUGAAAUACAAUCAGCUCAAAAUUCACUUAUCGACUUGACAAAGAUUCUAGUAGAAGCGGAGCAGAAGCUAGAGCAGGCUAUAGGUCAGGUGACGUCACGUCUACAGGAAGUUGAUGUCAGCGAACAAGAAGACAUGGCGCAGGUGAACAAAGCAUGUUACCGACUUCACAAGCUGGUGGAAGAUUUCCGUAAGAAUUUGAAGGAAAAGACUUGCACGUCACAUCUCAAAAUCAGGAAUCCGUUAUGUGACGUCAAGACUGACCUUUGCAACCGUCUAGGGAAGGUGACGUCACACAAACACAUUGUGACGCAAGCGUUGGCAGUGUCACCACGUCCUGCACUGAUACACAUGACACAGGCUCUGACAGACAGGGUCAACAGCCUUGACUUGAGGUCUGACUGGCAACAAGAGGUGUGGGUGAAGCCCGUGUCAAGUGCAGAGAGCUGUAAAAUUGUUGUAAGGUGGAUACAACAAGAGCUACUGAUGUUGGAGAAGCAGUGGACAGAGCCAGAGAUAGAUGCAAAGCCACCAGUCCUUGUGUUCAACGACAACUGCGGAACCAACAUUCGUCUGACGAACGGUAACAUUACCGCGGAGAAGAUAAAUAAACGUGCCUCCUCUAACGGGGGUGGUCGUGUCACGUGACUCUAUGGUGCCGAAAGUCUUGUAUGAGGUCAAAGUUGACGAAGUAACAGCAACAGUGAACGCGUUAUCCGUAGGAGUGACAACAAUACCUCCUGAGCGCCUCGCUAUAACGAGUUCCUUGGUAGACCUAGAAGACUCCAGCAUCAUCGGAGUCAAAGGGAUCAGCCAUCAGGAAAGCUUUGUGUUUAGCACGAUAGGAGAAGAUCUGAAGAGACUUAAAAGUCGGGAGUCGAGUCGGGGUCCUGGUGGACUCGUCAAACUACCUUCACAUCUACAUCGACGGACAGGACGAGGGUGUUGUAUACCUGGCACUUCACUGUCGUUUUCGUUAGGCAGUGAAGGCAGCAUGGUGACUUCUGAAUCUGGAUCAGGGACUAGUCUGGGUGGCUCUCUAUGCAAGGUUUUUGUGUGGUUUUUACAAGACAUCAACAUUAAUAAGAAAUCAUUCCAAAAUUAUUCAAUUGACAUUAUUUAUUAUCCACAAUUGUGGACACUUUCACAUUUAAUAAUAAAAAUGAAAGCACAAACAGAAUCUAUAUAGUGUACAAACUAGUACAAAUAAAAAAGUAAAAAUAGGUGCCCGAUACAGCUGUGUAUGAGAUUCCUUUAGAUUGCGUUCUCUCUCUCACACACACACCACCACCACUCCCCCUCCCCCCACAUACACACACAAAAUAGACAGCAGAAUUGUAAGGCACAACCUUCACAUAAAUAAGUCACAAAUGGAAAGCAAUGUCACAUACCAAGAGUAAACAAUAGUGCUAAUAUUAUGAAAUGUCAAGGUUGUAAAUGAACCAGAUUUUAGUAACACAUUUUUAUUAACAGAUGUGUUUAUUUUCAUCAUGCCGUUUUCUGAGCGCACGCAAAAUAGGAUUCAUUUCUUAAAUGCUCACACUGAGGGUGUCAUUAGAUAUCAGUGUUUAUGAACCCACAGUUCAUUUUCAAAAUAGGGUUGACAACUCUUCCACAUGUUCCUCUGUAAAAGACUGCUUGUUGGGCCUCUAGUAAAAUAGCUUCAUUAAUUGAUAAAAUUUUGAAACAGCCAGAUAUAUGUUUGCCAAAAUUGGGUCAGGUAAUAAUAUACUUUGCCUUUAUAACAGAAAAUGGUUUGUGACAUGUUCAUUCACCCUUAACAAUGUUCUCAUUUCACAGUGAACAGCUAUAAUAUGCUGGAGAUUAUUAUUGGACUGUUAUGGCUGUAUUUAUCAACAGUUUGUGCCUAUGUCAUAGUUGUGAUAACAGAGGACCAUUAUAAAAGAUCAUGAAAACCUCAGUAGUGCACAAAUGACAAAAGACAGUCAUAUCAGUUAUAAAUCUUCUUUGCCUAGAAAUUUGUGAUGAUCUGUUGCUUCUUUCUCCAACCAAUUUUUCAUGCCUGUCGGUUAUGGUUUAUCUUCAAGGCACAGCAAUUUGUAUAAAUUUUCUGUGGAUCAUUUGUGCUGUUAGAUUUGUUAGACAUUUUUCUUCUUUUUUUGGGGGAGUAUGGUGUAAGGCUUGAUGUAGGCUAAGCAUCUAGAAUCAGCAGAGGAAUAAGCUUUAACCUUUCAGCUUUAAAGGAGCACUUGGCAAUCAUAUUUGGUCAUUUAUGACUGUAUUCAGUUUGUCUGCUGCAAAGCAAAGAAUUUAAAAAAUGCAAAUAAAUAUAAACCAAAUUUUUUCUGAUGCAACAUAAAUAGCAAAUAUCUGAUCACUUUUGGCAAGUUUUGGUUGAAUUAACACUGCACAUUGACAGUUGACCUUCUCAUGCUUUCUUUAUGCACAAAAUGCACAAAUGUAAGUAUACAUCUGCACAGUAUUUCUCAUUUAGAGACUAUCAUUCUGUCAUAAGAACGAAGACAUGUUUUCACAUUUGAAUGAAACCACACACACACUUUGCAAUUAUCCUUCAACUUUCCUCUUUGUCAUAUAUAAUUGUUAUAAAACAUUAAUCUACUACAUUAAUUUAGUAAAAUGUGAUUUAUAUUUUAUAAACAGCAUAACAAAUGAACUUGUACAUAUUUCCAUUCAAAUCAGCUGCAGUCUCUUCUCUGUAUGUCCAUUUUUGCCCUCAUUCCUUUCACCUGUUUAUAAAUAGCUUGCACAAAGCAUUUUGUACUCUAGUUUGGGACAUGGCAGUGUACGAAAAGGUAGCCAGGAUUGAAAUGGAGCCAAAAAAAUAAAGGUUUAAAGGAGAAAACAAGAAAAAGUGCAUGGCAAGAAUGUGAUUUCCAAUGAAGUUGACAGUAACAUUUCCAGUUUGGGGUUAUUGUUUUUCAUUUUAAUUGGCACAGCUGCCUCUGGGGUCAUCUGGAAUGUUGUUGACAU